GCUGAGAGCUCACGAAAGCGUUAUCUAAACAACUCCAAGAGACACUACACACGAUUACAAUUUACACCAACACUUCUUCCCUAAACUCCUCUCUUUCUCUCUCCUCCUUAAAGACUACGGAGAGGCUGAGCUUCCAACUUGUAUGGUCGGAAACCAAUGAUGACCACUCGGAUAAUGGGCCUUGGACUCACAACUCAGCCUCCUCCAACCUCCUCCUCCUCCUCCGCCUCAUUUUCUCUCUCCUCCACCCUCUCACCCACCACCAUCACUACUGGCAGCACUCUGCUCUUUGUAAACACCUGGUUGAAUCGUCGAUUAUCCUUCCGAGUUAACUCACUCCGAGCUUCCUCCUACUCGCCGGGUUUCAAUAACUCGUCUUCUACUUUUCGCAUUCGAGCCUCUGCUCCUUCCUCCCAAGACCUCCAAUCUCUUCAAGGCUCAGGUGUUGAGAAUGUGGUGAUAAUUGGCUCAGGUCCUGCUGGAUAUACAGCAGCAAUUUAUGCUGGCCGUGCUAACUUGAAACCAGUGGUCUUUGAGGGGUUCCAAGCAGGUGGUGUACCUGGUGGACAGUUGAUGACUACCACGGAAGUGGAGAAUUUCCCAGGGUUUCCCGAUGGAAUCACUGGCCCUGAUCUAAUGGAUAGAGUGCGGCGACAAGCUGAAAGAUGGGGAGCAGAGUUACAUCAAGAAGAUGUUGAAUUUCUUGAUGUGAAAAAUAGUCCAUUCACCGUGCGAAGCAGUGAGCGUGAGAUAAAAUGCCAUGCUGUGAUUGUUGCCACGGGAGCUAAUGCUAAGAGGCUUCGAUUGCCUCAUGAAGAUGAAUACUGGAGUAAAGGGAUAAGUGCAUGUGCAAUAUGUGAUGGUGCGUCACCAUUGUUCAAGGGCCAAGUUCUUGCUGUGGUUGGAGGAGGUGAUACAGCUACUGAGGAAGCAAUAUAUCUGACCAAAUAUGCUCGUCAUGUUCAUUUACUUGUGCGAAGAAGUGAAUUGAGGGCAUCUAAAGCUAUGCAAGAUAGAGUUUUCAACAACCCAAACAUCACUGUGCACUACAACACAGAAACUGUGGAUGUGGUUGGCAAUGCCAAAGGCCAAAUGUCUGGCGUAAUGACUCGAAGAACUGAUACUGGUGAGGAAUCUGUGCUCGAGGCCAAAGGUUUAUUCUAUGGUAUCGGUCAUUCUCCAAACAGCCAGCUGCUGGAAGGUCAAGUUGAACUUGAUAGUUCAGGUUAUAUUUUAGUGAAGGAUGGCACUGCUAGCACCUCAGUAGAAGGUGUAUUUGCAGCUGGAGAUGUACAGGAUCAUGAGUGGAGACAAGCAGUUACUGCUGCUGGAUCUGGGUGCAUUGCUGCUAUGUCAGCUGAAAGAUAUCUUACAAGCAAGAAUCUUCUUAUCGAAUUUCAUCAGCCACAAAGAGAAGAGGCUAAGAAGGAACUCACUUCUCGUGAUGUUAAUGAGGGUUUUGAUAUCACCCUUACCAAACACAGAGGCCAGUAUGCUUUACGGAAGUUGUAUCAUGAAAGCUCGAGGCUUAUAUGUGUUCUCUAUACAUCACCAACUUGUGGGCCAUGUAGAACUUUGAAGCCAAUACUUAACAAGGUAAUUGAUGAAUACGACCAGAGCGUUCAUUUAGUUGAAAUAGACAUUGAGGAAGAUCAGCAGAUAGCCGAGGCUGCUGGAAUCAUGGGUACACCAUGUGUACAAUUCUUCAAGAACAAGGAAAUGAUUAGGUCUAUUCCAGGAGUCAAAAUGAAGAAAGAGUACAGAGAAUUUAUAGAGGCAAAUAUCAAAUAAGGUCCCUUCAUCUUGGCACAUACCAUUUCUUUGCGGUUCAAUUUUGUACCUCUUCAGCCACAUUCUUGACAAAAAAUGGUGUUGUAUUUGUACAUUAACGAGAAUUUUUGAACACCAUAUUCGUAUAUUAGGCAUUUUUCGCCCUCAUUUUUCAAUUGUGGGUUUGCAAAUUCUUGUCAUUUAUUUGGACAAAUCAACAACUUUGUGAAAUCAUUGAUAUUAUAGCAAGCAAUUGCUGUGGCCUUUAGAGCAAAUAUGUCAGUUUUACGACUUUUAUCUGA